GUACUUCUUACUUAUUCAAUAAUUAGGUGAAAAGAUCAGAAAGCUGUAAAAAACCGUGUGAAAAUCGUUACCAGUCGUUGCUUCGUGCCUAAUCUAUUUCUCAAGAAAAAUAGAAAGUUGCGGUUGCUGUUACUACGUCAAUUUUGGGAAGAAGAGGAGGAUAUUUGGAUUGUGUACGAGAUAGCCAAGAAAACUGAACAAAAGUCAUGGUGGCCACUACGAGACCUCGAGAAAUUGAUAUCGACAAACCAAGUCAUACCGAACAAUUAGCUAAUUGGAUUAGUAGAGUUCGGUGUAAAAAACUGAUGUGUCGUCGAAAUCGCAAACGUGAUUUGCGGAUCGAGGCAGUGUUAACGUGUGCUCUUUUCAAAGCUGAACAUGAAUUACGCAGCAAGCAAUUAACUAGAAUUUCAAAAUGGCAACAAUUCAAAAAACAGUUUUUAAAGGAUACAGAUUAUCCAAAUUGUGAAUUCUACAAUGACGAAGAUAUGAAAAACUCGAAGUUAUGUCAAGAGAAUGAUCCCUGGCGAGGUCCUUUAUGCCCUGAACUGAGUAGUUUAGACAAUUUUAUGUCUAAAUUGGGGGAAAUUAAAGUACCACUACAGCGAUGAAGGAAUAGACAUAAUAUGAGCAACCAGGCCUGAAAAACCUAGGAAUGCGUCAGAUCCAGUCUAAAAAGAAGAUAAUUAGCAAUGUUUUGUCAACGAAACGUUGACUGUAACAACAGCUAAAUGGAGUCUCGAAUCAUUAUGCAGUACCGUAUCACGACGGUGCUGCGGGAAUAGAAGUCGCAUUACUAUCCUGAUGUAUAUCUGGAUAUUUUUUACUUGCAGUCUCGCCGUUUGAGAUGGCAUUGGGACAGGCGGAGGGAGUUGCUGUUUGCAGAGAUGCUGGGCGUACCGCAGAAUCGGGGGAUCCCAUGUGUUCUAGUCCCUACAACUUUCAUUGGUUUGAAAUACGGCGGUUUACAUAAAACAUUUUGUACUUACAUGAUGUAGUUUAAAGACAAUUUGUAUAGUGCAUUUUAACCUCUAGAUUUAAUAAUAGCGGUUCAAAUGUUCACUUAAGUAUCUUACAUAUCAAGGAAUAAUUUUUAUGUGUAGAUUUUGUAUAUGUUUAAUGUUAACAGUUUUGUAAAUAUUGUGAUACAGCAAAACGGCAGCGGAAGAAAUAAAAAAGAAUAAUAAAAGUUGGAAAAAGUUGA